AUGUCCGAAGUCCACAUCGUCGCCAUCAUCCACCCAACCGCAGGCAAACAAGACCGCCUCAUCUCCCUCCUCAAAGACAUGUGCAAAGACGUCCACACCAAAGAAGACUACACCCUCCGCUACAUCGCCACCGAACAAAUCGGUCCCGAGCAGCCCACGACUCCAGAUAUCGUCAUGAUCGAGACGUACAAAGACAAGGCGUCAGCAGACAAGCACACCCCAGAGGAACACUUCAACGCUUUGUUUGCGGCGUUUGAGAAGGAGGGCUUGAUGGGGAAGGCGCCGUAUUUGGCGCAGACGAAGAGUAUUUCCGGUUUCGAUCUGGAUAGGAAGUUCAUCCAAUAG